AUGCAGCAAGCUUGGGAUCGGACAAGUAGCACUGACAGUGUCAAGAGAGGCCGUACAAAAAUGCUGGGAAAAGGACAAAGUGGCGGAUACCCCCCCGAGACAACGAGUGAACUCUUGCACAGCCUCAGUACGGUGCCUGUGGACAGUGCCGAUAAGAAGUGUCUCCAGGUUGGGGGCCAGCUGCCAGGCGGUGUGCAGGUCGGACAUCAGCAGCCGAACCAGCAGCUCUUCCUGACCCCAGCCAGCCUCCAACUCGCUCAGCUCCAGGCCCAGCUUACCCUCCAUCGCCUGAAACUGGCUCAGGGGGGCAAUACAGCCACUGCUGCCACUGUUCUCAAUCAGGUUCUUUCCAAUGUCGCCAUGUCCCAACCUCUGUUCAAUCAGCUACGGACUUCAACUAUAGUUGGGAACCCUCAGGGUGCCUUCCCCACGGGGGUACACGGUUUUUCCUCCUCCAAUUCAGCCUUGGGGGCCUUGGUGGGUGGUGGAUUCAAUCAAAACCCAGGGAAUGAGAGGCUGAACCAUCCUCGUGGAGGGGGCACGGUGGGCCAACAGGGUGGAGAGUAUGGUAAGACCUCAGGCUCAACAUACCCUUGUGAUACUGACAGGCGUGUUCAGUACAACUUAGUUGGGGGGACAUCUGCAGCUUCAGCUACUGCUGGUGAUGGACAGUACACAGUGAUUAACACUCAGGCAAAAAACAUGAACAAUGUUGGUUUUCAGAGAGAUUUCUAUGGGCCUGACAUGCUGGGGCAACAAUCUGGGUUUAGUGUGAAUGAGCAGAACAUGCAUGUUUAUAACUCCACUGGGCAUAAGGAACUAUGGAAAGGCCCUUCUAACUUGAGCCACACUGGAAAAGUGGAUAUGGUUUCUAACACUGCAAAUGUGUGGACAGCAGCUGGGCAGCAAAUUCGGCCCAGAACGGAACUGUAUAAUCCAGAGGAGCCAACCCCUGACCCCAAGUUUAAUCCCAGCAGUGGGGUUUCCUCUUUUGCUUCCAGUGGCACACAGGGGUUUGGGGGCUACCAGCCCCUGCAUGGAAGUGAUGAAACCCUAUCCUCAGGUACCAGGACACUUCAGCCUUAUCAAGUCAAUGAUUACCACGCCGUCACACCCAAUCAACUGCCACACCAGUGUAGCAUCUGUGACAAGAAGGUCUACAACCUUAAGGACUGGGACCAGCACGUGAAGGGAAAACUACACCUGCAGAACCGAACCCUGUACACAAAUGAAAGCGCCGCAGUAGUAUCAGCUGGAGCUGUUCACUACCCUGUCGGUAGGCCUUCUGAUGGAGGUCUAAAUCCCGGAGGGACAAACUCUAUGGUCUACUCAGCUGCAAGUCAAGAUGUAUCCUCAGGAGCCAAUACAUCAUACUUGCCAGCUGCAACCAUGAAGACUUAUACCCCGUCAGACACAGGAUUUGCCGCACACCAGUCAGAGUCAAAGCCAUUUCCACCCAGAAAGGCCACCACAGGGCGAGUCAUUCAUAUCUGCAACCUUCCUGAAGGCAGCUGCACAGAGAAUGAUGUCAUCAACCUGGGACUACCCUUUGGCAAAGUCACCAACUACAUUCUCAUGCGCUCUACCCAUCAGGCAUUUCUGGAGAUGGCAUAUGUUGAAGCAGCUCAGGCCAUGGUUCAAUAUUACCAACUUACUCCAGCAAUGGUUAACAAUCAGAAACUCCUCAUACGAAUGUCUAAGAGGUACAAGGAACUACAACUCAAGAAACCAGGUAAAGAUGUGCAAUCGAUCAUCCAGGAUCUCACCUCUCAGAGGGAAAGGGAUGAGAUGCCAGAAAUUAAACACUAUAUGCCAGAGAGAGCACGCUCCCGCAGCCCUAUCAGCCGCUCUCUGAGUCCUCAUUCCCACAGCCCCAGUUUUACAUCAUGCAGCUCAGCCCACAGCCCCCAGGGCGCACCAUGCAGGGGUCCGGAGAGAGGCAGCAACGGCCUGGGCCCCCGCCGGGGCUCUUGGGAUUGGUCGUCACACUUACGCAGGUGUGAGGAUGAAAGGGAGAGGGAUGAUCCUUGGAGGAAUGGGGGCAGCAUGGAUGACGAUCGACCCAAUGGAAGGGCAGCUGACCGUCGGAAGGUUUACCAGAAACCCUUGGAUCAUAUCAGCUCGAGAUCUGCAGAUGAGAGAGGAGGAGGAGAAGGAGGAGGAGGAGGAGGAGGAGGAGGUGGUGGAGGAGGUGGUGAAGGGAUGAGGGGCAACAGAGACUGGCACCCACGAGGCAGCCCUCAAGGCAUGUCCUUCAACUCUUACAGGAACACGGAGGACGAUUUUUACAUGAAGGAACAAAUGUACAAGUCAGACAAGCCGCCCAGACCUCCAUACCAAAGGCAUGAUGCAAAGCCAAAGAGGAGGGAUGGUGGUGACUACCACAGUAGAUCAAGGCAUUCAGAGUUUGAGACAACUGAGGAGCCACUUCGCAGAACACUAGAAGACAAGAGGCAGGGUUCACCAGGCAGGGGCAGGAGCAAAAAGAUAAGCAGGAGGCACACCACUGUGGAAAAACACGAGAAAGAAAAUGCUACUGAAAAUACAGAUCGCCAGUCAAAAGAAAAAUCUGUUUCACCUCAGCAAAGGAAUAUGCCAAAAGAGGCUACUGAAUGCAGUACAGAAAGAGACACUGUGAAAGAGUGGAAAAAUGGAGAUGACACUGAUGAAGAGUGUUGGUAUCCUAAGAACAUGGAGGAACUAGUCACUGUAGAUGAAGUAGGAGGAGAAGAUGAUUCCAUAAUUGAGCCAGAUCUUCCAGGGCUGGAAGAGUAUGUAACCUGCCCCAAAGAGUCUGCAGAGGAAGAAGCAGCUGUGGAGCAUAUAUUACCACCUACCUCCUCCUCAGCCUUGGAGGUGCAGGAGAUGUCCAACGAGAAGUCUAACCAGGAAAAGGAUGAUGGAGGCCCGGUAGAAACAUCUUUAGAUGAGAACCCUUGCCUAGUUUCUCAUCUAAAGAUUUCAACUGCAACCAGUCCUGAAGACCAGACACUCAGUCCAGAGAUUCCUGAGCUCCCAAUCACUAACCUAAGUGACUUCCCCAGUGAGGAGUUCAAGGCUGCACUGGAGGAGACAUGUUUAAAGGAUAUGGUAACCAAAAGUGUGCCCUCAGAGGAGCCAGUGGAAAAUCUCAUUUGUGUAUCAGAGAACAGCAAAACCCUGGAAGCAGGACAGGUCACAGAAACAAUCAGUAAUGGGGUUCAACACAACGAUGCUGAUAUGCUUAAAAAAGAGAUUGAGGCCCCUUUGCCGUCUUGUGAGCAACAAAAAGCUGUCAAUGAACACAGCAUCCCUUUGGGUGUUGAGUUUGUUGUGCCGAGGACCGGCUUCUACUGUAAACUCUGCGGACUGUUCUAUAAUAGUGAGGAGACUGCAAAGACCACUCACUGCCGCAGCACCGUACACUACAGGAACCUACAGAAAUACCUGUCCCAGUUGGCAGAGGAGAGUCUGUCGGGCGUACUUGCUGAACCCUCAGCUGACCACUGACAUCAGCUUGACCUCUCACAUGCUGUACAGUAAACAGCAGAGGAAAUAUUCUCGUAUGUGUGCUGUUUGUAGAAGGCUAUGGACAACUACAGCAUAGAUAAUGUGACUUAUGGAAGCUAGAGCAUGUAGACAAUCGCGCUGUUUUACUUAUUAUGGGAGAAGUGAUGUUUAGAUGGCUUGAUUGGUACUGACAAUCCCAGCCAUAGUUGAUCUCAAUUUUGUACAAAGCGGAGGUGUAAUGUAUAGCAAGGCUACAAUAUGUAAUUGCAUCUUUUGGGGGGGUUAUAAACAUUGUUACAGUUUACUUCAUUGGACUGGGUGAUAAAAAAAUGUUUUUGUUAUUUUUUUGGAAUGGAAAUGUAUUUUCAAUGAUGUUUAUUACUGAAAAGACACAUUUUUAACAGUGUUAGUAAAUUUUCUGAGUUUGAUUCAAUUUUAGCAAAGAUACAUUUACAGCUGCAAAAUCACUUGAAAUAUGUGCCAAGGAAUGUUUUACUCAGUUCAAAAACUGAGUCAGAUUCUCAGGUUUGUUGUAUUUGUUUAAUAGAUUGCAAUGUUUAGCUUAUUACGCAACAUUUCAUUUGUAUUUCAUGUGAGGCUUUCGAGAUUUUUCUUCAUCUUGUGCCAGUUUGUGCACAGACCAUACAACAUUAGUUGUCUGUUAGGUAAAAUGUAAAUCAUUUAGAUUGAUAAUCCUGCAACUACACAAAAAUAUAUUUAUUUUUUCAAAGUUUUAUGCUGGAUUGAAUUAAAGACAAGAAAAUCACAAUCAUAUUUGCCGACAUGUGUAAGGCAUCAAAUAUCGAAGACCUUAAACUGGACCAUGUGUUUAAUUUAUCAGAGUUAAACAUGCAAUGUUUCAUGUUUAGUGAAACAUGUAAAGUGAUUUUAUCAGAGGGAUUAUCACACCAGACUCUGUUUUUGCAUACUGUGAAUACUGAUCCUGUGAACUCAAUUAUAGUGUUGUUUUCUUUGACAAACUUUUCAUAUGAUUUUUGAUG